GCUGUUUUUGUUGGGUUUUUUUUCUUCAUUAUAAAUGCCUAAACCAUAACUUAAAAGGGAUCCCUUUUCAGUAAUUGUGACCCAUACCGUGAAGUUGAACGUUUCAAAGGGUUGAUAUUGAAACGAGAACUUCUGUCUUUGUAGUAGAAACUCAUCUCCUUCCGAUGCAUUGCUGUCAAAAUUAGUGGUUAAGAUACAUUCAUCCAUUUACACCUCCGUUUGUCGCACUGAGGAGAAAGCUAGGAAGUAAAUCCAGUUUUACCGUCACGGUAUCCUGUUCUUUUCGGGUCCCUUUAUCUGGGCGAUUUUUUUGUUUAGUUGGUUUGGUUUGGUUGUUUGGUUUGAUUGUUUUGUUGUUUUGGGUUUUUUUGUUGUUGUUGUUGCUUUAAUUUCUAUUAAAUGCAAAAGCAUCGUGAUUCCCAGCAUUUGUCAUCAUUCGAAGUUUCUAGGGAGAUUCCUCUUCGGGAGCCAUUGAGUUCUUCGGAACUCUUCGGUUCAUCAGACUUUUCAGUCCCUCUGAUUUCAGUGUUUGCAUUUUCAGUCAGACCCGGGAGCGUUCGGAGAGGAGGCGCGAAGAAACCCGGCGGGGCAGCUCCCGGCACGGUAAGCACAUGAAAUUAAAUAAAUGAAAUUAAGCACAGCGGGAGAGGGGCUGUCCCGUUGGACAAGCCGCCCCCCGUCCCGUCCGUCCGUCCCGUCCUCAGUCCUCUCCGUCACCCCUAUCCCGCCCCUCGGCGGCCGCCGGCGGGUUCCUGCGCUGCCGUUGCGGUCCAGACCUCCCCUCACGCCUCCUGUGCUACUAUUCCGGUCAGCUCCGGCUGUAGAAGGGGGGUGUCCUCCGCUCUCCCCACACCUGCGACCCUCCGGGACCGGUGCUGAAACUCCUCCGGCGGUCGCGGAGCCCCUCCAGCUCCGGCGCUUUUGCUGAACAAAGUCGCGUUAUAGAGAGGGAAGGAAGCAGGGAAGAAGGGCAGAGGAGGUGGGCUGUCAUCUCAGCCCAGAGCGGUCUCAUCCCCCCUCACUCCUCCCACCAAUGAGUGGUGCCUCUUAACCCCCGGGAACCUCCCUCUCGCGAAGCACUGCUCCACUUUGCACAACACGAGUUGAUGAGAAAAAAAAUAAUUCCCGGCCGCGGCCAGCCAUGAGCUGUUUGGAUGUUAUGUACCAAGUCUACGGUCCCCACCAACCCUACUUCGCAGCAGCCUACAGCCCCUAUCACCAGAAACUCUCCUUUUACUCCAAAAUGCAAGAAGCCCCGGAGAGCGGCAGCAGCACCAGCAGCUCCUUCUCCAGCCAUCCCGCCGCCAGCAUCAAGGAGGAGGACUGCAGCCCCGAGAAGGAGCGACCUCCCGAGGCCGAGUACAUUAACUCCCGCUGUGUCCUCUUCACCUACUUCCAGGGGGACAUCAGUGCCGUGGUGGACGAGCACUUCAGCCGGGCUCUUAGCCAGCCCAGCAGCUUUUCACUAGGCAGCCCAAAGGCGGUUCGGAACGCCGCGUCUUGGAGGGAUGGCUCCUUCCCAAUGAGCCAGCGCAGCUUCCCGCCAUCCUUCUGGAACAGCACGUACCAGACUUCCUCAGUCCCAGCCACCCUGAGCAGCCCCUUGGCAGCUGCCGCCCACAGCGAGCUGCCCUUUGCCGCCGCCGACCCCUACGCACCCGCCUCCCUGCACGGCCACCUGCACCAGGGUGGUCCUGAGCCCUGGCACCAUGCCCACCACCACCACCACCAUCACCACCACCACCCUUACAUCAGCACACAGAGCACCGCUUACCCCCGCCCUGCUGCCAUGCACGAUGUCUACGGGCCCCACUUUGACCCCCGCUACGGCUCGCUCCUGGUGCCCACCGCCUCCGUCCGCCCUCACCGCCUCACCCCCGCUGCCGUGCCCACCCCGGUCAGCCCCCCCUGUGAACUGGGCAAGAGCGAGGCGGGCACCGCUGCCGCCUGGACGACGCCAGGACCCUUCCCCAGCACAGCAGGGGACAUGGCACAGAGCCUCAGCCUCAAUGUGGACGCAGGUUUGCAGCCUCAGGACAAAAGCAAGGAUCUUUACUGGUUUUAGAGCUGUCCUUCACUCUUCUCCCCCUGGCUCUCCCCUGUAGAUCUCUGCCUGUUAGACAUGGUGGCAUUCAGAGCUGAAAUCGGGUCAGUUUGUAACAGCUUCUGAUCUUGGUUUGCAGCUCGUCGUUACUCCUUCUGUGGUGGACCCCUUCUGAGCUGAUGUGAUGACUCAAAGACUCCCAGAUCCCCCCUUGCCCUUUUCCAAGCCCACCAUGGCUCUGCAGCUUGGAGAAAGAUAACAGGACUUAAAAGGACCUGGAUUUGCAAGGACAGUGCUCUAGACUUAUUUUGGAGAGGAAAAUCCUUCUGUUGCAGCAGGACAGCCAAAGACGUUGAACUUCUAUUUAAGGAGACCCCACACCCAGAACUGCAGUCAGACUACUCUAAAAGAGUCAAAUGACGUCAUGGAUGGUGAUGCAAAACCAGUGGCCUUCUGUACAGGGGGCAGAGGAAAUCGUGGGGAGUUUUUUUUAGUGGUGUGAAUGUUUUUUUUUAUAGCAGUUCAAAUUAUUUCUUGAAUGCAAACGUGGGAAAGCUACUUAGGAGUUUUGAACUGGAUUUUUACUUUGCAUUAUAGAAAAGUAAAAGGAGAAGAAACUGGAAUUCAUUAACGUUUUCGGACUAUCAAGGAACUGCUCUGAUUUUUCAGCUUUGUGGUUGUGAGUGGCAAGUGUUUGGCUGGGGCCAGCUGCCCUGGGCUUUCAGCAUUGCAGCUGUUCCAUGCACAACUGCUCAGACCCCAGAAAGAUGAAAACCAAGGUGGCACUUCUCAGAGUUUGGCACAACAUUUGCAUUGGAUAUGUAACAGUUGUUUGGUUGUGGUUUUUGGAUUUUCGUUUUGUUUUGGUUUUGCUUCUUUUUUUUUUUUUCUUUUUUUUUUUUUUUUUUUUUUUUUUUUUAUACAAGAAACACUUUCUGGUGAAAACAAAACCCUCUUAAAGCAGGGGGAGGAAGGAAACCUGUGAAGUACUGCUUGCCCUCAACCUGACAGCCUUGAAGGGGAACACCAGAAGGAAAAACCCUGAUGGACAAUAGGUCUGAGUUGCCUGUAACAUUUCUCUUUGUCUUCUUGUGGCUGUCAUUUUGUCACUUUAAUAGUUGUUUUGUUUUGUUUUUGAAAGGGGAAAUAAGAUAUCUAUUUAACAGUAGGAAAGGUGCAUUAAAGGUAUCUCCUUCUUUCAGCCUAUGUGCUUUUCUGAAGAAUUAAAGCUAAAAAAGGAAAAUGAGGCAAACUGGAAACUUCAGGAUGAAAUAGGAAACACCUGUCAUGUGGAUGAAGCGAGUUAUUUUAUUAUUUUGCAUUAAAGAUAAAUAGAAAUUCUAGCAGCUGAAAAUAUUUUCUUACUGAGAAAAAUAUAUGAUGAUAAAUACAAAAGAUAAGAAGAUGCAAGUUGUUGCAGUGCUACAUUCUACUGUAUGGUGUAUCUGUAAGAUCGGUUAAAGGAAGGGGACUGCUCCAUAAUAAUAGAUGUUUCUU